AUGUCAACUUCCGAUCAGCACAUGAUGGACAUCGACGAGCUAACAGUAGCAAUGGGCAACACCGAGGUAAACCCCCAAGGCCCGACGGGCGAGCUGAAUCGUCUAGCGGAGCUGCUAGCCGACUCACGGCUCUCAGAUGCAAAGACCGGAGCGCGAGGCGAGGAAGUCUUCUUCCCCCCGGGGACCACAGAUGACGAACAAUUGCUCAUCCUAGCCGGUGCGCAGGACUGGCACCUCGACCGCUCGAGCCCAGAGUAUCCAGCCGUCGAGCUCCCUCCCACACCUCCCGAGUUCGGCCCUCUUCCGCCCUCCCCCACCACUGCUUCCUCCGCCUCAGUACUCCCGUACUCCGACCGCAGUGUCCAAGCGCACAUGGGGCACCACCUUAUCUCCCUCGCCGAAACCGAGCACUGGGCCAAGAUCCGCGAAGCCGUCAAAGCGAAGUACGCCUGGUUUCUCGACAUGGCGUACGACGGCCUGCACGACGCCGAGCUGCCUGAUAAUCCGCACGAGCUGGCUGAGCUGUGCAAUUGGAUGGCCGACGAAGUAUACAAGAAGCACGUUAUGCUGGGUAAGAAGCCGGUGUUCGCGCCCGCGGAUCAUGUGUUCUACCCGUGCUGGGUGGCGGAGCAUCCGAGUAAUGAGGUUAUUCAGAAGGCGAAGCUGGAGCUGGAGGAGAUGCAGAGGAGGCGGUAUGAGCGGCUGGAUGAUUUGAUGCGCGCGAGGCGGUAG